AUGGCGCGUCCAGAUGACGAGAAGGAUCUCACACGCGCCAUCAGCCAGACCAACGUUGAAGAAGAGGGCCUGGCAAAGGAAAAUGAGGCCGUGCAAUAUCUGGAAGUCCCGAAAGACCUCAGAAGAACCGGGCGAGGAAGAAGCGAAGACAGCACACGACUGGAAAAAACCGAGUCCACGGCCACCGAUUUUACGGAUGCCAGCAAUUCAGGCCCAGCCGAUAUACAAGCCAAAGAAAAGGCGCCAUGGCAUCGCAGACUAAACCCCCUCAGGCGAAAUCCUCCACCAAUACCGGAAGAGAGAACUGUCUGUCGGGAGUACGAUGCAAGCUUCUUUAGCUUGUUAACCUUCCAAUGGAUGAAUCCUCUAAUGGCCACGGGAUACAAGCGCCCAAUUGAAUUGAAUGAUAUUUGGCUUGUAAAUCCUGACCGAAGCUCCGGGACUAUGAUGGACUUGUUAAUGGCCUCGUUCAAACGGCGGACUCAGCGAGGAGAACGAAAUCCCCUGACAUGGGCUCUCUUUGAUACUUUCCGAGGUGAAUUCUUGUUGGGCGCUGCCUGCGCUCUGUUUUCAGCCCUGCUUCAGGUCUUCUCGCCAUUUACCACACGCUACCUCAUCCAAUUCGCUACGGAUGCAUGGGUCGCUGACAAAACGGGUGGCAAAGCUCCCAAUAUUGGUCAUGGCAUUGGUUUGGUGAUCGGCAUCACAUUUAUGCAAAUUUGCCAGACCAUGUCGACCAACCACUUCCUGUACCGUGGCAUGGUGGUCGGGGGGGAAUGUCGGGCGGUUCUGAUCAAUGCGAUUUUUGAAAAAUCCCUUGUGAUCUCCGGAAGAGCUAAAGCAGGUGGGAAAGCCUUGAAGGACGAAGAAACGUUCAAUGGUAUCGCUGAAACGACGGAAGAGAAGCCUGCGAACCGACCAUUCCUUGCUCGUUCCCUGUCAAAACGGCUCCAUCCCAAGGGUGGGCCGAAGGUCACACCCGACAAGGCCGUCGGAGUUGCGGGAGAUGGGACCGGAUGGAAUAACGGGAAGAUUGUCAACUUGAUGAGUGUUGACACCUACCGUAUCGACCAAGCCUCGGGCAUGUUUCAUAUCAUUUGGACCUCACCCGUUCAGAUCAUUGUGGUGUUGGUCGUCCUUUGUGUCAACCUUGGCUACAGUGCUCUGUCCGGGUACGCUCUGCUCAUCAUCAUGCUGCCUCUCCUAACCAAAGCCAUCAAGUCUCUUUUCGCCAGAAGAAAGAAAAUCAAUAAAAUUACCGAUCAACGUGUCACGCUCACUCAGGAAAUUCUGGGCUCGGUGCGGUUUGUCAAAUUUUUUGGCUGGGAAACUAGCUUUCUGGACCGUCUGAAGGAACUUCGCAAGCGGGAAAUCAGAGCCGUCCAAAUAUUGUUGUCAAUCAGAAAUGCCAUCAAUGCGGUCGCCAUGUCGAUGCCGGUGUUUGCGUCCAUGCUAGCCUUCAUCACCUAUUCACUAUCUGAUCAUGGGCUGUCUCCUGCUCGAGUUUUCUCAUCCCUGGCUCUUUUCAACUCUCUCAGGAUGCCACUUAAUUUGCUGCCUUUGGUCCUGGGCCAAGUGACGGAUGCCCAAACAGCACUGAACCGUAUCCAGGAAUUCCUGCUCAGUGAAGAACAACAAGAGGAGAUCACCUGGGACGAGAACAUGGAAAGUGGGGUGGAGGUUCAGCAUGCCUCUUUCACUUGGGAGCGGACCGCUACCCGAGACAAGGAGAGGGCCGGCACAUUCCAGACAAGGGGUGAACUCAUGGCGGCGAGGAGAGCGGAAAAGGAGAGGAAGAAGGCUCAAAAGAAAGCAGAAAAGGCGGCAAAGAAGAAUAAGAAAUCACCAGCGGGUUCCAACGAAGAUAUCUCGAGUGAAUCCACCGAAGCCGAGCCUUUCAAGUUGCACGAUAUGGAUUUCACGGCGGGUCGAAACGAAUUACUGGCCGUCAUUGGAACCGUCGGUUCAGGUAAAACGUCUCUACUUGCUGCCCUUGCGGGAGAUAUGCGAAAGACGGGCGGCAAAGUCAAGAUGGCAUCUUCUCGUGCAUUCUGUCCACAGUAUGCCUGGAUUCAAAACGCGACAGUCAAAGAGAAUAUUCUGUUUGGAAAGCCCUUCAAUCCGAAGUGGUAUAAAGAAGUGGUGGAUGCCUGUGCCUUGAGACCCGACCUCGAGAUUCUCCCCGCUGGAGAUCAGACCGAGAUCGGCGAACGAGGAAUUACCCUUUCGGGCGGCCAGAAACAGCGGCUGAACAUUGCUCGAGCAAUUUAUUUUGACGCCGACAUUGUCCUUAUGGACGAUCCCCUCUCGGCCGUCGACGCUCACGUUGGACGGCACAUCAUGGACAAAGCUAUUUGUGGCCUGAUGAAGGACAAAUGCAGGAUCUUAGCUACUCAUCAGCUUCAUGUCCUCUCAAGAUGCGAUCGAAUCAUAUGGAUGGAAGACGGUCACAUCCAAGCCAUUGAUACGUUCGACAACCUUAUGAAUACUAGCGUUGAUUUUCAAAAAUUGAUGGCGACCACAGCUCAAGAGGAUACUGCACUGGCAAAGGCCAAAAGCGCGGAAGACAACGACAAGAAACCCGAAAAGAAGAAUAAAAAGGGCAAGCCAGCAGCACUGAUGCAGCAGGAAGAACGCGCGGUCGAAUCUGUGAGCUGGACCGUCUGGCGAGCUUACAUCGGCGCGUCUGGGUCGUUCAUUUUCUGGCCUCUGAUCUUCAUUGCGCUCGUCUUGUCGCAAGGAUCCAAUAUUGUCACCAGCUUGUGGCUGAGUUGGUGGGUGAGCGAUAAAUUCGGUUUCUCCGAAGGGACCUACAUUGGCGCAUAUGCCGCCCUCGGCCUCUCGCAGGCAUUGCUUCUGUUUAUGUUUUCCACCAUCCUCUCGACGAGCGGAACCAAUGCUAGUCGAGUUAUGUUACAAAAAGCGAUGACACGGGUAUUACGCGCCCCAAUGUCUUUCUUCGACACCACUCCGCUGGGCAGAAUCACCAAUCGGUUUUCAAAGGAUGUCGACUCGAUGGACAACAGUUUGACCGACGCCAUGAGGAUGUACUUCCUGACGCUAGCCAUGAUCUUAUCGGUUUUUGCCCUUGUCAUUGCCUACUUUCACUAUUUUGCGGUCGCCCUUGGACCAUUAUUUAUUUUAUUUUUGUUUGCAGCAAGCUAUUACCGCUCAUCGGCACGAGAGAUCAAAAGACACGAGGCAGUCCUUCGAUCUACGGUUUUUGCACGAUUUUCCGAGUCCAUCUCCGGGGUGGCAUCUAUUCGGGCAUAUGGCCUCCAAACUUACUUUACAGCACGAGUUCGAGAUGCGAUUGACCAGAUGGAUUCAGCAUAUUUCUUGACAUUUGCAAACCAACGGUGGCUGUCGACUCGACUUGACGCCAUUGGAAAUUUGCUGGUUUUUGUCACGGGCAUCCUUGUGGUGACGGAUCGCUUCAACGUUAAUCCUAGCAUAGCGGGGCUGGUUUUGUCAUACAUUUUGGCGAUUGUCCAGAUGAUUCAGUUUACCGUGCGGCAGUUGGCUGAGGUGGAGAAUAACAUGAACGCAACCGAACGACUGCACUAUUAUGGCUCCGAGUUGGAACAAGAGGCGCCCUUGAAGGCUAGAGAAGUCCCCAAAUCAUGGCCCCAGACAGGAGCCAUCACAUUCAACAAGGUGGAAAUGCGAUAUCGCCCGGAAUUGCCCCUCGUUCUUCACGGGUUGGACUUCCAUGUUUCGGGUGGGGAGAGAAUUGGGAUCGUGGGUCGGACAGGUGCUGGCAAGUCAUCCGUCAUGUCCGCACUUUUCCGCUUGACGGAGCUCUCCAGCGGGCAAAUCUUGAUUGACGACAUUGAUAUUGCCACCGUCGGUCUGUACGAUCUGCGAUCACGUCUAGCGAUCAUUCCCCAGGAUCCCACCCUAUUCCGCGGAACGAUACGAUCGAAUCUGGAUCCGUUCAAUGAACAUUCCGAUCUUGAGCUUUGGGCAGCACUCCGCAAGGCUGACCUUGUGGGAGAAGAGAUGGCGACUGCGGAGAAGACCAGUCGACCUCACACCGCCGAAACGGUGGCAACAUCAACGUCGAACGUGAAUGCGCCAGCAGGACCCAGUCGUAUCCAUCUGGACAGUCUGGUGGAAGAAGAGGGAUUGAAUUUCUCACUUGGUCAAAGGCAGUUGAUGGCCUUAGCUCGGGCGUUGGUUCGGAACUCGCAAAUUAUUGUCUGCGAUGAGGCAACGUCGUCAGUCGAUUUUGAAACGGAUGAGAAGAUUCAGCGGACGAUGCGGACAGGGUUUGCAGGCAAGACGGUUCUUUGCAUUGCGCAUCGACUCAAGACCAUCAUCAGUUACGACCGGAUUUGUGUGAUGGACAAGGGCCGGAUUGCGGAAUUGGACACGCCCAUCAACCUUUUUGAGGCGAAUGGGAUAUUCCGCAGCAUGUGCGACAAAAGUCAUAUCGUGCGGGAAGACUUUUUCCGAGAGUCAUGA